UCAGGUAAUUUUCUUUUCUGUAUAGCACAGACAAGAUGGUCAAUGCGAUCAAGGGGCUGUUCAUCUCCUGUGAUAUACCUAUGGCACAGUUCAUUGUUAAUCUGAAUGCCUCAAUGCCGGCAUCAGAGAGGUUCAUCGUGCACAUGCUUGAUCCUACACACAUGUUUGUUCAGCCUCAUGUGGCAGAAAUGAUCAGAAGCAAGAUAGGGGAGUUCAGGGACCAGAACAGCUACGAGAAGCCGCAGUGAAGGAUCAGCCCACCUCGCAGUUUGCAUUGUUUCCCCUCCCUCCCAAAGAUGCAUACCUUGCACUCAAUUCUGCGGAACUGCUAUAGAAUGGAUCACCCGUAAUGAUCUAGAAUAAUAUGUAUGUAUCCGUGUUUUUAGUAUCAGAAGCUUCUGUAUUCCAGGAGCUUAUUUGUAUCCGGAUCGAUCCUUUUACCUGGCCCUUUGCCACUUGGCAACGCUGAUAAAUUGAAGUGCAGCUGGUUGCCUACUUAGA